CGCUUUCUCCUAACGUUACGAACAUCUAUAUUACGAAUGGUCGCAUAUUGGGGAUGGCCCGAUUAAUCUCUGACAUUACUCAUGCAAAUCAGAUGGUUCAACGGAUUUUAGCCAUAUACACGCAUCUGCUGCUAAUAGUACCAAACUACGACACAGCCGCAACUAAAGGCGAACCCGGGCGACCAAGGGUCCUUCUCUAUCUAUAGAGAUAUGGACUCAAAGGGUAUCUGACAUAGGGGGCACAUGUUUUGGCUCGUCUGAGCCCUUUCAAAGUCUUCUCUCAGGCGGUGAUCAUGAUGGGGGGCGCAUCAAUCUCAUUGGUCAGCCUUGCCUCUCAUCAGCCUUGUCGUUGUUGCUCAACAGCUCGUAUACGCCGGAAUUCGAUUUUGCAGUCGGCCGACCAGGAAUACUACCCAAUAAUUGGACUGGGAUAGUAGGUGGCGCAUCCAGCGGUGAACACGCGGCUGACCCCUAUGAGAAGCAUAGGUCAAACCCCCUGAAACAUUCAGCCUCCCAGUCCGCCAAAAUCCCAGACAUAUAUUUUCGAGAUCUUCUCCAUUUGAUUCUAUAGGUUUCAUCUCCAUUCUUAUUUCAUGAGCCAACCAAACUCUACCAUGGAUACUCAAGAGCCAACGGGCGGCGCUCCUCCUAGAGGUACUGGGAGAAAGCGGGCGCUAUCAGAAGACUCCUCCUCUUCAUUUCCAAUAUACAAGGUGCCUAAGAGAGACGAAGAAAGGCCAGUCAUAGCUCAGAGAGUAGGAUACUGGAACGAAUCCCGACCACCUCAGAACAUGAAGGAGAAAGUGAAAGCCAAUUUUGUCAACGCUGCCAAGAGAGCCAGCCAACUGAAGGACCACAAGCUGCUCUACCAGUACAAAAGAAUCAAACCCACGGAAAUGAGACUGUUAUACAUCAGUCCUGCUCAAAGUCGCAAUAUGGAUCUUUUCGUCUCGAUAGGCACCAUCGCGGACAAAAGGGUCGGAUCGCAGAACUCCGAUUGUCAAGCUUAUGAGGCAUUGUCAUACCAUUGGGGUCCGGGUCCGGCAGAUAAGCCCGUAUAUCUGUCCGGUGGCACCAAAGAGCCCAAGAUUGGGAUUGCGGACUUGAUUCUUCUGAGGAGUCUCGUCCCAGAUUAUGGCAAAGGUCAGAGAUUCUAUGUUCGACCCAGCCUGGAUCAAGCCCUACGACAUCUGCGACACCAGACUGAGAUGGUCAUCCUUUGGGUUGAUGCUGUUUGUAUCAACCAAAGCGACGAAAAAGGGGAGAAGCCUGAGCAGAUUGCCAAAAUGAAGGAUAUCUACAACAAAGCGGAGCGGGUGUGUAUAUGGUUGGGUGAUGGGAAAGGUAACGGUGUGAACGAGAAGGUCGAGGAUCGGACCAAGGACUUCCACGCCGCAAUGGAUUUCAGCCGCGAAAUCAUCCAACUUAAGAGACUCGAAGCACUUUCCCAGGAUUCGAGUGCGACAAAGUAUUGGAGCGAUCUGCUGGACUUGAUGCGCUGCAGCUGGUUUUCUCGGCGUUGGGUUAUCCAAGAGCUAGCUCUCGCAAGGAAGGCUACAAUCCACUGCGGCGAGAAAACUAUUCCGUGGCAGGAGUUUGCGGAUGCUAUAGGUCUGUUCGCUCUUAAUUUCGACAAAAUUCGUGCCCUGUUCAGAUCGUCAAAGGACGACAGGAUUUUUAGCAACUACAGAAACUUCAAUGAGCUAGAGCCACUCGGAGCAAAGGUAUUGGUCGAUGCAGUUACGAAUACGUUUCGCAAGAGCGUUGAUGAUAAUAUCUUCGAGCCGGUGUUUGACUUGGAAACGCUCGUGUCGAGUCUCACGUUCUUUGAGUCUUCCGAUCCGCGUGACACCAUAUACGCGCUUCUCAACAUCUCUAGAGAAUCCCUAUCGGUGGAUAGUCAGGGGAAUCAAGUGAUCCAUCCACCAAAGCCCGACUAUGAAAGGGAUAUUCUUGAGGUUUACACCGAUUUCUUGGAAUGGGUUGUUUUCACUACCAACUCACUGGACAUGAUCUGUCGACAGUGGGCUAUGCCCGAGCGAGUCAAACCAGGUGGCAGGAAGAAUCCUACACCCAUCAUCACUCUGCCAUCUUGGAUACAGACAAUCAACAAAUCCGCUUGGGGUCUCCAGGAGCAAGGUUUCAAUGGACGUAUGAACGGAGACAGUAUUGUUGGAAAAGCUGGACGAAGGCGCUACAACGCAUCGAGAGGCAUGAGUCCAGUCGUCCAAUUUGGGAAAAGGCGUCGGGGCCAUCUCAAUGGAAAACAAAAUACGCGUACACAAUCAGCUCCGUCUGCUCUUGGAACGGUUCAGAUUCCCAGGGCAAGAGAUGUGGCUUUUGGCCCGGAGCGUAAGCAAAGCCCUUCUCACCGGUUAUAUGUAACGGGCAUAGAGAUCGGGCACGUGACAUGGACUCACGGUCCGGUGUCACGUAGCGUUAUCACCAAAGAUUGUCUUGAAAAGGGCGGUUGGAAAAAGAAUGAAGAGAUGACCAGAGUGCCUGAUAAACUGUGGCGCACGCUUGUUGCUGAUCGAAAUGCUGAAGGCGAGAAUCCACCCCCCUGGUAUCAUAGGGCGGCACUUCACUCAAUGGCGCUCGCCGACAAUAACGGUCACAUUGCCUGCCAUGAGCAACUGGAACAGGAAAACACACCGAGCAACAAACUUCCCCACAUCGUCGCGGAAUAUCUGAAACGAGUUCAGGCAGUGACUUGGAACCGCAAGUUCAUUGAAGGAUACCCCAAAGCAGCUAAUCUGGACCCUCUAUUUGGACUUGGCCCGCCUGACACUGAAGAGAAUGAUCGCAUUUGCAUCCUCUUCGGUUGCAGCGUUCCAUGCAUUCUGCGACUUUGUGAAACAAACAAUAUUCCAUAUUACCAAUUCGUAGGCGAAGCAUAUAUCUACGGGAGAAUGGAUGGAGAGGCCAUUACUAUGAUGAACGAGGAAGAUUUGGAGAAAAACACUAGAGAGUUUGUCAUCAUUUGA